UUUCUCUCCUUAGUCAUAACGUGAAAAAGAAACAAUCCAUUCUAGCCCCGCUACUUCCUUAUUUGUGUCUGUUCAUCACGAUAGCAUGUUUAAAAUCAUACUUGCGUUUUCAUUCUGUUUCCUAGUUUCCAAAAUCUUCUGCUUAUGGAAUCCCUGUUCAGAGAAUGAACAAUCAUAUCUGUUUGAGGAGAAAUGGGGCAAUUGGAAGAAGGCUGCCGGGGAAUGUGAAGAAGCAGGAGGAGCUCUAGCCACCGUCAUCAGUGAAAACUGUACACUCAGGAAUCUAAAUGAAAAUUUGACCUACUUCAUUGGAGGUAUGAAUUCACCCUCUGGAAACUGGACAUGGGUAGAUGGUACUCAGAUGAACCAGAAACAUUGGGCUCCACGUAAUUUCUUUUUUAUAAAUUUUCCAUGGAAAAUAUCAAUAUCAUUU